GAGCUGGCGGGCGACCACGCGCAUCUCCCGGGCGGCCCCGGAGCGGUACCCGCAGGGCGCCUCUGCGAUCGUCGGACGCCGGGGCCCAGGUACUGAGAGAGGGACCCUCAGUCGUGCUCAUCUCCCCUCCCGGGGCUCAUCUUUGCACCCCAAAAGGGGUGAGCGAGGCCGUGCCGGCAGAGAUAACACGACCGCCGGGUUUCUAAUUCUCCGCGAGGAUUUGCGUGCGGUAACCCCAGGCUUCCGGAGACGGUUGCACCAGCCACUCUUGGCACCGACGAUCGCUGCGCCUGCAAUUAGAGGCCAACUCGUCGGAGAACCAUCGCCUUGGGCUAGAGCGGAGCGGACCGAGAUUAAAGGCACCAGUCCCAAACUGUGCCUGGCCCCGAAACCGAGAAGAGCCCGCAGCGGACGCGUCUUCGAUUGCGGUGGAACGUACCGAGGGGUCUGGGUCGCCCCGGAGCGCUCAGACGGUGGAAGGAGAGAGAAAGGAACCGAGGCGCUCUGCUGACUCCUCCGAGGGUCGGCGCGACCGUGUGUUUUGCUAGCGCGCCCGCUCCCGCAGCCGCGGGUCUUCGGGAUCCCGCACCUUGCAGCCCCAUGUGGUUCCUGGAGCGUCUCCGCUGGGACUCUGAGCGCCUCCUGUCGCCCAGGACCGGUCUCCGCCGGGGCCGCGCCCGCCGCGCCGCGCCCGCCACCUGCGCCAACGUGCUCACCCCGGACCGCAUCCCCGAGUUCUGCAUCCCGCCGCGACUCGCCCCCUGCGCCGCCCUGGCCGCGCGCUUGGACUCCUCCCGCGGCCCGCCAGCCGGCCCGGAUGAGGGCGACGGCGCGGGCCGCACGGACUGGGACCCGCGCUCGCAGGCUGCGCUCUCGCUGCCGCACCUGCCCCGCGCGCGCACCGCCUACGGCUUCUGCGCGCUGCUCGAGAGCCCGCACACGCGCCGCAAGGAGUCGCUCUUUCUGGGCAGCGCCGGCGCCGCCGCGCUCCUGCGCCCGCCCGCGCCCACCCGCGCCCACCCGCGCGCCGGCCCCGCCGCAGACGCCGCGGUCCUCCCGGCGCCCGCCGCCGACGCCGCCGCUGCCGCUGCCCCGCGCGCGCCCCGCGCCCGCCGCCUGCUGCGCGCCCCCGAAGGACUGCUGAGCCGCGCGCUGCGGGCCCGCCGGAGCCUCGGCCUGGCGCGCGCCCACCCCGGCCCGGGUUCGGCACGCGAGGACGAACCCCCGCGCCUGCACCCCGCCUCCAGCCGGGCCCGCGGCCGCCUCCGCCUUCGCCUGCGGGGCGCUCAGAGCCUGGUCGGAGCCCCGCGCGCUCCCGCCGCGGGGAGGGACCGCGACCCGGACCGGCUCUCGGAGGACUCGGGGAGGCACCGGGCCGGGGCCGUCUGCGUGGAGAAGCGCCCGCUGGACCGCGAUGAGCCGCCUUCCGGGUCGCUGCUGUCGAACUGA